AUGGCGGACGAUCAAGCCUCUGUCGACAGCCACGAGGAGAGUUUUGCGCAGAUCGCGCCGCCCGUCGCGCGCGCGCAGGUCUCGCAGUCCAACUCCUUCGUCGACGGCCGGCGCGGCGGGGGCUGGGGCGCGGGGGGCCGCGGAGUCGAGUUCCGCGGGCAGGUGCAGACGCGCUCGGCGCGCAGUGGCCGCGGACGCGGAAGCACGGGCGGACAGGGCGGAGUUGCGCUCAGCGGCGUCGGCGCGGUGGGGGAAGGCGGCGCAGGGCCUGGCGGAGCGGGAGUAUGGGGGACAGCCGCGGAGGGGGAUGGCAGCCGCGCGGGGUACUGGGCGGGGGCGCCGGGUGAGGGCGUAGGGGGAGCCGGGGAGCGGGGCGCGGGGGCGUUUUCCGCCAUGGGCAUCCCCGCGCCUGCUGCGUCCGUGCAGAGCCAGGGGUCUUCGUUAGGUAGCGGGCAUGACGCGGGGGGAGGCGCGGGCGCGGGCGCGCACAAGAGGCAGCGGGGGAGGCGAUCCGCGCAUGCGCCCGCGAUGGCGGAGGUGCACAUGGCGGCGGAUCCGGGCGGGCGAUUCGGAGAUUCUGAUGAGGUGUCGAUUGGCAGCAUGAACGCGUGUAGCAGCGGCGCCAGAAGCGGUGGAGGCGCCGCCUCACUCCCUCUCUCCUCAUUCCUUCCCCAACUCACCCACCCGCUCCUCCCUUCACUCCUUCCCCCUCCCACAUCGCUCCCUCCCCACGUCACUACUCCUCACUCCAUCCCCUCCUUUCUCAGUGUGAUCCUGACCAAGAUCCUGCGGCAUCAGGCAAGCCAGCUGGGGUUACACGUGGCGCCAGAUGGCUUCGUGCGAGUGGCGGAUCUGCUGCUGCUGCCAGUCAACACCAAUGCCCACCGCCCCCUCGCCUCCCACACCUUAGAGGACGUGCGCCUGGCCGUAGCAUGGGACAACAAGCAGCGCUUCACGCUGCGGGAGGGGCCGGGCGGUGAGGUAUACGUGCGGGCGAACCAGGGCCAUUCACUGCACGUGGACGAGGAGCAGCUGCUGCGCCGCAUCACCGACCCUGCUGUUCUGCCAGAGUGUGUGCACGGCACGUACGAGCGCCACCUGCCAUCCAUUCUAGUGUCGGGGCUGAGUCGCAUGAACCGGCAGCAUGUGCAUCUCACCAAGGGGGUGCCCUCUCAGCAUCACACCGUUGUCAGCGGCUUCCGUUCAAACGCAGAGGUGCUAGUGGUGGUGGAUGUGGCUCGCGCCAUGGCAGACGGUAUGCCAUUCUUUGAGUCAGACAACGGGGUCAUCCUCACAUCAGGCUUCCACGGCUACAUCCCCCCAUCCUACUUCUUCUCCAUCCUCAAAUGGCCUUCGCUCCUUCCCCACCCCCUCUCCCCUCCUCCUCCUCCCCGUCCCCCCCAUCCCCCUCCACCCACCCUCACUCCCGUCCCCCCUGCUGCCUCCGCUGCUACUUGUGCGGGGGAGGCAGCUGGGCCGUGUUUAGACCUGAAUUUAGGGGGGUUUGCUGGGUUUGGACCGAAUGUUUUGGAGGAAGAGUUUACGCCCGUGCCUCCUGCUGCGUCGGCGGCUGUGUGUGUGGGGGAGGCGAGUGUGAGGAGUGACGGGGGCGGCAUGGGGGAUGGGAGGGGGGCGAGUGUGAGGAGCGAUGGGGGGGGUAUGGGGGAUGAGGGGGUGGGUGGGACGGCGGAGUCUGGGAGAGGAGAGGUGGGUGGGUCGAACGAGGAUGAGGAGAUGGUGGGAUGA